AUGGGAAGACAACCUUGCUGUGACAAACUUGGGGUGAAGAAAGGGCCAUGGACAGCCGAGGAGGACAAGAAACUUAUUAGCUUCAUCCUCACAAAUGGCCAAUGUUGUUGGCGAGCUGUCCCCAAGCUCGCCGGACUACGCCGCUGUGGCAAGAGUUGCCGGCUCCGUUGGACUAAUUACCUUCGCCCUGACUUGAAGAGAGGCCUUCUUACUGAGGCUGAGGAGCAGUUGGUCAUUGAUCUCCAUGCUCGACUUGGCAACAGGUGGUCUAAGAUUGCUGCAAGAUUGCCUGGAAGGACUGAUAACGAGAUAAAAAAUCACUGGAACACCCACAUAAAGAAAAAACUUCUUAAAAUGGGCAUUGAUCCUGUCACACAUGAACCCCUCCAUAAGGAAAAUAAAGCCACAGAGAAAUCUCAUGGAGACCAUUUGCCCGAAUCCGAAAACCAUCAUGUUCAAUUGCCAGAAACUUCUGGCAGUGGCACUGCCAUCUCCGAGGAGAACUCGUGCUCACCGCCUGAAAAUUGUUCUGGUGAUGAAUCCCAUUUACUCGAUAGCAUAUGUGACGAUUUUCCAUUGAUGAGUUUUCUAUUGGAGGACCAAGGUCCAAUAGUCGAUGCACCAUGGGAGUUUCCAUCUGCUGGACAAAAACAAACCUUUGAUGAUGCUGGCAUGACAUCGUGGGACGAGGAUUGUGGGUGGCUAUUAAAUUGUCAAGAUUUUGGUGUCCAUGAUUUUGGUUUUGAUUCCUUCAACGACCGAGAAACGAAUAUGUUGAACACAAUAGAGAUCAUGGGCAGCAACAAACAGUAACAUUUCCCAUGAUGGAAUGAGAGGUCACAGGCCACAAGAGAGAAUGCAAUUAGCUUCAUGACCAGUGCCCAUGUUACAAAGUAUCAUGAUUGGCUCAACUUAGGUUCUCACUGUUGUUUAUGCCCUUUUAUGUUUAGGAAUAUUCUUGGAGGGUCGAAAAGAAACCUUGUUUCUAAUAAGGUUUCUCACCAACCAGGGAAUGGUGCAAUACUCAAAUCGUUGGGAAGGUCAUAUGCUUCAUAAAGAGUUGGUGUGCUCCUAUGCAAAAGAGGGGCACACCAUAGGCACCAAAAAACUAGAAGGGC